GGCCUGUUAAUAGACAGCAAGAUAACUAAUAAGGGCCUUUUGGCGUGUUUCUCCCUCGUCCGUUUUCGGGCUGUUGGUUACACGGAAUUGUAGUAUUGACGUCUUCCUUUCUUUACUUGUUUUAUUUUUUCCCGCCCCGCGAAAGUAUGUUUCCCACGUUCGUUUCUUGAUAACCUACGGAAUAUCGACUCUCGUUUUUUCCCCUCAACAACGAUCGUUACGAACGUUUCUUCAUCGCCCAAAGCGUCACCAUAUACUUGUUGGUUAUUCCUACUGCCAGUGGAGGAGGCAGAAGGUCAACCAUUAGGAAGGCCAGAUGAAGGGCCACCAUGAAUACGGAGAGAUGGUCGAGAUCGACAUGGGUAGCACAUCAGGAUCCAACGAUUCGAGACGGUCAAGUCGGACUCAUAUCCCCAACUUUAGCUAUGUCUCGCCGGGGAGGCCUGCUCCCUCGGCAAAUGUAGCCGGAAGGCAUGGCCCGAUGCGAUAUUACGGGGACAACCCCUUCGAGUCCCCGCCCGGUACUCCCCUGGAAAGCGGACAAGCAACACCGCUGGACCACCUCUCCCCGCCACGGAUUCCCUACUCGGUCGACUCGAGGCCAUCCAGCAUCACGAACCCCAGUCAGCUCAGUCUCGCAGCGCUUCUGCCCAACUCCCCUCCGCCCAUACUUGCCAAGGACUGGGUGGUGCGUGGCUCGAUAGCCCGGCUACACGAGCGAGACGAUGCAGACACCUGGGGGGGCUGGAAGCGCCAUGUCUUCCGCCUCGUCCCGUUCCUAACCCUGGCAGCAACACUCCUAUACCUGACCUACCUCAGCCUGCGCAUCGCGUGUCUAAUAUCUGCCCAGCGCCGCCAGGGCAGGUCAUACCCGCAGGCAUGGGUGUUCGUGGCCGUCGAGCUCGCCGUGGCGGUCCCGUCGCUGAUGCACAACAUCUGGACCAUGUGGGCCAUGAAGAAGAGGCAGAGGCCCAAGCUGAGGCUGACCGGCGAGGAUUGCCCGGCCGUCGACGUGUUUGUUACCUGCUGCCGGGAAGAUGACGAUGUCAUCCUAGACACGGUCCGGGCCGCGUGCGAUCUGGAUUAUCCGCGCGACCGGUUCCGGGUGAUCGUUCUCGAUGACGGCAAGUCGGAACCCCUGGAACACUCAGUGGGCCAUCUGGCCUUGUCGCAUCCCAACCUCUACUACAUGGCCCGACCCAAGUAUCCGGGGGUGCCGCACCACUUCAAGGCCGGCAACCUCAACUUUGGUCUCGAUCAGGCCCACAAACUUCCUGGGGGUGCGAGCCCGUUCAUGGCCGCCCUGGAUGCCGACAUGAUACCCGAGAGAGAAUGGCUUCGUGCCGUCCUUCCUCACCUGCUUGUGGACCCUAAAGUUGCCCUUGCCUGCCCUCCCCAGCUAUUCUAUAACACGCCGGCCUCGGACCCCCUCGCCCAGAGUCUAGACUUCUUUGUGCACGUAAUCGAGCCGAUCAAGGACGCCCUCGGUGUUGCCUGGUGCACCGGAUCGGGCUACGUGGCCCGACGGCACGCCCUCGACGAGAUCGGCAACUUCCCGCUGGGCUCGCUGGCCGAGGACGUGGCAACCUCAACACUCAUGCUCGGCAAGGGCUGGAAGACGGCCUACAUCCACGAGCCGCUCCAGUUCGGCACCGUGCCCGAAGACUACGGCGGGCACAUCAAGCAGCGAACACGGUGGGCGGUCGGGACGGUCGACACCUCGUUCAAGCUCAAGUUCUGCCUCUGGGGCGACAAGGUCCGCCAGAUGACCGCCGCCCAGCGCUUCUCAGGCUUCCUGUACGCCUCGCUGAGCCUGUACACCAUCCUCCUCACCAUCUCUCUCUUCGCCGUGCCCAUCAUCCUCGUCAUGGGCAAACCCCUCGUCGCCUACGCCAACGACGACCAACUCCGGUGGCUCAUCCGCGCGUGCUUCGCCGCGACCAUGUCCAACCGGCUCUGCGAGUUCGCCCUCUUCAGCCCGGCCGGCUACCACACCGGCCAGCGGGGCGCGCGCUACCAGAUCUGGAUGGCGCCCUACAUCGCGCUAUGCAUCAUCCGCUCCUUCCUGCUCCCCCGCUGGCUAGGCGGUCAGACGCAAGCCUUCCGACCGACAGGCUCUCUAUCCUCGGCCCUCCACGAGCGAAACCCCAAGACGCGCAAGAACAUGUUCCGCCGCCUGUGGGCCAUCCUGAUCAACUACAUGGCCGUCUUCCACCUGGCGUUCGUGUACCUGACGCUCGUGGGCGCGGUGCUGACGUCGUUCCGCUGCGUCGUCCAGGAGGGGCCCGGCAGGGGAGGAAGCACCAUGGGCCUCCUGCGCUGCCUCGUCACGCACGCCUUCUGGCCGCCGCUGACGUUCCUGUUCCUCUGCAGCUGCCUGUGGACGCCCGUCGCGUACGCCGUCGAUCCGCCUGCCAUGCCUGAUCGCGAGGAGCUGCUGUGUCGAGAUCCCAAGACCGGGGUGGCGCACCCGACGGCGGGGAGUAAGAAGAUUGCGUUUGGUGGGCAGGCGGCGUGGUUUGAGCUUGAGUAUACGACGUCGACGAUCUGGACGGCUGCGGUGUUUGUGGGGUCGUUUAUCUUCUAGGUUGGGUUGUCAUCGUCUCUUCUGAUGCGAGACUGAGGGAGCAUACAUAGAUGGGGUCUGGGUUAAAAUCUGGGUUUAUAGAAAUGGUAAUUGCAUAAUGGGCCGGGCCUGUGGGGCGACAAGGAUGGUUGUAAUCAUAAUCGAUUGUGGAUAUAUGUUACAAUAGUACAAUAAAUAAUGUCGUCAGCCA